AUGGCUUCAGAUCCAUAUCUGAGGUUUCGAUUCUGUGGCGACCUGGACUGCCCCGAUUGGGUUCUGGCGGAGAUCAGCACUUUGGCAAAAAUAUCUUCGGUGAAGGUGAAGUUGCUGUGUGUCCAGGUACUGAAAGAUCUGCUGGGAGAUGGAAUUGAUUAUGAGAAAGUUGCAAAGCUCACUUCAGAUGCUAAGUUUGAAACCAGUGAUAUAAAGGCCACCAUCGCUGUGCUGAACUUUGUUCUGUCAAGUGCUGCCAAAUACAGUGUUGAUGGUGAAUCGCUAUCGAGUGAAUUGCAACAACUUGGUCUGCCGAAAGAACACACCGCUGCACUCUGUAAAUCUUACGAAGACAAACAGACUGCCCUUCAGGACCGAUUAAAGGACAGUAGUCUACGAUUGAAUAAACUAGACUCGGUGUCGUGGAGAGUGGACUACAUGCUGAGUUCCAGUGAGCUGAAGGAAGUGAAUGAACCUAUCGUUCACCUGAAGUUUAAUGUUCGGAAUGUUGACACGGGGGCGGUGGAGCCCACAGUCAUUUCAGUGACAGCAAACAAGUUUAGAGUCUUACUCACUGAACUCAAACAAGCUCAAGUAUUGAUGAAUUCUUUGAAUUAACCAACGUUGUACAGUGAUCAAUAUCUCUCGUAGUCGCAAGCUUGCUGGGUUUACAGAAAACUGGAGGGACAGAGGUGGAUAUGCUGAUUAUAUUUAAACAAAACAACAAUGACUCUUGUUUGCUGUCUGUUGAGAAGUUUCGUUGGGCUGUGGAUCACAAAGUUUGAACGUUUGAUUCAGUAUUUCCUGCAAAUGUCGCCAGAAAGGUGUUUGUUGUUUGGAAUCCGAAUUCAAGUCUUGAUGAAGCACUUUCUAGAGAAUAACUCCGUGUGUGAUGAUUUAGCUUCCUCAGCACUGCAAUAUCUUAAGAAUGUCAAUGACACAAACUGAACUAUCACUGAGAAAUGUCAAUGAGAAAUUAAUGUGUGUUCACAGCUGAUUGAGUCUCUAGUCGAGUGGUUUUAGUUGGCUGAUCUGUCUGAGGUUUGACUGAGAUUAACCAAUUAAGGUGCAGUGGAUUGAAACUUUUUUUAUACUCCUUUUACUGAGAUCUUGGUUCAAAUCUAGCUAAGACAACACAGGUGACAGUAUCCUCUCAGCAAUGAUUGUUGAGGAUAUUAAGUUGCACAUCUUAACACAGCACGUGGUUGAUUAAGAUGCGUUCCUUUUAUUUAUGUUCUAUUUUGUGUCUGUAAGCCUGCAGGUGCUGGUACAGGACAUGGGAAAGUCAGUUCAUCUCAUGAAUGGGUGAGGAACUGGAACAAUGGAAGUGGACUCUGUGUACUGACAAGCCUUGUUCUUGAGAGUUUGAAACUAAUUGAAAUCACAGACCAUUUUGCCAUCGAGAUUCUUCUAUUUGACCACCCAACACUUCAUAGUUUAUAAAAGUUUAUCUCUGUCCUGUCAGACCAUUUUAACAUCCAAGUGAAACUGGAUAUAAUUGGAUCAUAAAACCUAAACCCAGGGCACUUCAGUCAUGAAUCUCUUGGGGAGAUGUAGAUGCUUGGACAAAUAAGGGACAAGGUCUGACCGCCAAUUGAAGUAUUUCUCAGAAGGCUAGGAAAGAAUUGCGACAAUGAAGGAAUAAUGGGAAGCUUGAAGCCAGUGUAGUCCCAAAGAGUCAGGGUGUUCCUUUCUGGCUGUGUGACGUUAUGGCCCUGGCUUGUGCAAUCGCUUGGAAGUAAAUUCCAAGAAAUGAUCAACCUUUUGAGGCAUUACUGUGCUCCGGUCUAACCAUUACGGUAACUUGGGAGGACAUUAGCCCAGAGGGAAAAGCCAAGCAUUAGAUGUGAUUCUUCCCACAGUUUGAAAAACUAGUGUCUGCUUCCAUUUGUAGUGAUAUGUUGGCUGACCACAUUGACUUUUGAAGCCUGGUUUUGGAGGUAGCUAAGGCUGCUGAAGAGGGUUUGUAAAUUGUGUGUGUGCGCACUCUCUCUCUCUCUCUCUCUCUCUCGCUCUCAUGAGGUUAUAGCAAUGUUAAAACUUCAGCUGCUUGUGAAAGAAGUGGCUACACCAUAAUGGCCCAUAACAACAGAAUGUUCCAGUUCUCACUCGCUUUGACGAACAGAGAGAUUCAUCGGAAUUCUUUGUGGGGGUUCUCUCUAAAUUGAAAUAGGAUGCAGCUGGCUUGACAAAGUUGGGCUUGGAAUGAUCUUGAGUUUCUCUUUCGAUAGAUCAUCGGUUUUCCUGAACUCUGGAUGUUUUUCUGUGCUGACUUUGACACAGGGGUUAGAGUCUACAUUAUAUGUUGUAAACCAAGAAGGAAAAAGAAGCAUUUUCAGCCAUGUUUGGAGAUUAGUUUGGGAUCAUUGCAUCCACCACUUCAAAUCUUUGAAGAUGGCCUGAUGCAGGAACAAUCAGAAUGGGAGACUUGUCAAUGAAUUUCAGGGACAAGGCACCUGAUAAAUUGGAGAACUGUGGCAUUGAGUUCUCUGUACCUUCAAGAUAUUGUGCUGUUUGUAACCUUAACUUAGCUCUCAACAUCAGAAAUGUUAAUGAGCGUGGCCAUUCCAAACUUGGACAGGUGCUGUGGGUCAUUGUUUACAUUGUAUAUGCUGAAUAAAGUAAUGAAAGAAAGGUUUGGGGGAAAAUAGAUAAAUUUAAAAGUAUAUCAUUUAAUUUCAGUUCGUAAUAUUAUAUUCUGCUUCCUGAAGAUACCUGUGUGAUGAUAUAGCAAAAUGACAUUGUAUCUUAAUCAGGGACAAAAAAACAAUUCAGUAUUGAGACUGGUUAGCAUUGCUACCCAUUUUGUAAUGUGUACAUACCUUUGGUCACAGUCAAAGACCUUUGAGUACUCAUUUACGAGUAGGUUUUAUAUGCUAUGUACAGAUUUGUUUUGGGUUUAAGCACUGAGGUUAAAGUUUAUUUCCGGUUUCAACAUAAAUCAGGGGUCUAAAAUAAGUACAUUCGCUUAACUAAUUGCAUCAUGUAAACUUAUAAAUUGUGAAAAUAAAGUCUAAAGUUUAUCUGAA